AUGGUUUCUUAUCUGCUGGACCACAUCAAGCCUAACAGCGUAAUUGUUAUAGACAAUGCGCCGUACCACAGCAGAAAGGCUGAAGCUGUUCCCACAACUGCAACAAAGAAGGGCGAGAUCCAGCAGUGGCUCUGUUCCAAAAACCUAGACUGGACUGCCACAAUAAAGAAAGAAGGCUUUUUGAGCAUUGUGGCAACGGUGAAGAAUCGCUACACAAAGUACAAAGUUGACGUCAUGGCUACGGACGCCAAACACACAGUGUUGAGGCUCCCACCGUACCAUUGCGAACUAAAUUCCAUAGAGUUGAUAUGGGCACGAGUCAAGCAAGAGGUCGCCUCCAAGAACAUCACAUUCAAGCCCAAUGACGCUGAGCGGCUCUUGAGGGAAGCAGUGGACAACGCAACAGCUGCUUAUUGGCAUGAAUGUGUAGAGCAUGUGAAAACAAUGGAGGCGAAGUUUGGAGAAUGUGAUUUCCCAUAG